GAUCACGUGGGCAUUGCGCGCGCAUGUCAAGAGAGUGAUGGUGAGUGACAAGAAAUAAUAACCUCCAAACAUUUCUGUCAAACUUACCAAUCUCAUCGAACCUGAAUUUUUAACAACGAGCUUUUAAGAUGUCAUCCGUCAAGUUGUUAGAAGAUAGAAUUGCUAAUUUAGAGAAGCAAGUAUAUGGGCUUGGUAAAACAAUUAGUAUUGAUGAUCCUGCACCGUCAAACACUAUCAUCGAACGUCUCCUUGAUGCCAACUCGCUCAUUUCUUCAGCAUUGUCAGGCAGAGAAAAGCCAACUGCGCUUAUUAAACGGCUGCCAGAAUUAAAUGGCUACCUGGAACCUGUUUCUGAAGAUUUCGAUAUACCUGUAAGUGCUAAAGCACAAUUGCUACUGACGAUGGAGCCAGAGAUUAUAGAGAAUGAUAAUCUGUUAACCAAAGUGCAGGAGCUCAUGCCUAUCUUAGAGUCAGAACGUAUCAAAAAUGUGCCUGAAUUAAAUAGCACAUUUAAUAAAAUAUCAUUGUCGUAUCUGAAAACUUACGAAGAUUCCAGAGAACUAUGUGCUCACAUACACGAUCUUUUAACUAAAUAUAAUACAGUCAUAAGUAGUAUAUCAGAAUCAUUAAUUACUUUAGAUGCUGCGGUUACAGCUGCUGAGAUAGCAGUUAAACCAAAGAAACAAAUAGAUGAUUGAAGAAAUAAUUGUCUCAUCUAAUUAAUUACAUUAUUGUUAAUUUAUAUUAGGUCUGUUCUUUAUAGCUGAACUUGCUGCACUAGUUCAGAGUUUAUUUUUUCUCUUUCCAAUGUGGAGAGAAAAAGAUAAAUUCUGAACUAGUGCAGCCAGUUCAGCUAUAAAGAACAGACCCAUUGUACGUUUAGUUUCUAUGUUAUAGUGCAAAUUCAGUUUUAUCAAUAAUGUUUUAAAUUAUUUAUAGUAAUAUUUUAUGGAAGCAAUCUAAAAUGGAAAGAGAAAAUAUUGGAUAUGUAAUGUGUUUAAAAUAUGUUUUAUUUAUCAUUUUUACUUGAAAUAUAAAAAUACGCAUUUUGCAAUGACUAUGCAUAUAUGAACAUACUGUAAUUUCUAUAACAAUGUAUUUUAUUAAAAUAGUUAUAUAUUAUAUAUACAGUUAUCCUAUCUACUGCUUAAUUCUAUCUGUUGUUCAUUUCAGAAAUCCUUAUUUAGGAUCUCUGAGACAAACUAUUGAUUCGUAUAUAAUCGGCCAUGUAUCGUAUAUGUAUCGGUGUCUCUUGUGUUAAAUAAUUAUUUUAAAUCAAUAUACAAAAGUACAUUUUGGAAAUAUUCGAGACAUCACAAAAAAUUUUAAAUUUUUAGCUUGAUUAGGUAAUAAUUAAUUUCAUGUAUAUAUAGUAAUAGAUAGGAAUUUUACUUACAAAAAAUGUAAAUUUAAGAGACCCAUUUUACUAAUAAACUCUUAUACCACAUUAUCCAUAAUAAACAAUUACUUUAUACAA